AUGACGGCAAAGUCGGCCAAGGCUGACCGGAAGCAAUUUUGGGCUCAAAUUGCAACGCCCACUGAAGAGGCCUCGAACGUUGGUGACACUCGAAAACUCUACGAACUUACCAGCCAAGUUUGUGAUGAGCCCUCUACACUGAGUGACUCUGUUCGCGACGUGAAUGGCGGCUUUAUUGUUGACAACUCGGCCAAAGUCGAGCGCUGA